AAUGAACUCUCUAUAUAAGCGCCGGAGUCUGCGCACAGAAACAAGUAGUCAUCAGCCAGCAGUCACAAUGGUGUCCGACUUCAGAAAGAAGAAGCUAUUGCAUUUGUUCAACAAGUUCUUUGACAGAGAUGGCAGUGGCUCUGUAGAUAAGAAGGACUUCGAGCAGGCGGCGGAGAACAUUUCCAAGUUGAGAGGAUGGAAACAGGGCGACGCUAAAUACAAGGAGACAUUAGAUACCUUGCUGAAGGUGUGGGACGGUCUACAAAGUGUAGCGGACGCGAAUAAAGACGGCGAGGUGACUGCUGACGAGUGGGUGUCGAUGUGGGAGGCGUACGCCAAGAACCCGUCGUCGGCGUACGACUGGCAGAACCAGUACUGCAAGUUUAUCUUCCAGUUGGAGGAUGCCAGCAAUGACGGUGCUAUCGACAGCGAGGAGUUCUCCACAGUCUACGCUUCGUUUGGUCUGAACAAGGACGAGGCCGUGGCUGCCUUCCAAAAGAUGGCCAAAGGUAAGGCGAAUGUCUCCUGGCCCGAAUUCCAAGAAUUAUGGAAAGAGUAUUUCGUUACCGAAGACCCGAACGCUCCAGGAAAUUUCAUCUUCGGCAGAUCUAGUUUUUAAAUAUUGUUGUUGAAACAACACGUUUUCUUCGUGUUAACAAAAAGACUUUAGUUAAUUUUAUUUAAAUCUUAACAGUAGUAAAACUUAAGAAUUUGAAUUAUUCUCAUUAAUUGUUAACUUAAACGAAAUUUUCUGUGUCAUUUUUGAAUUGUCGAUAAAUAAAAAGAUGUGCUUUUAAAAAA